GUUUACUUUUUAUAACGUCAAUACUAUUCCAACCUCUCCAUAAUUUCCGAUUCUCCGUUCUACAAGAUGUUGAAGGGAACCAGAGCUAUGGGAGUAGCAUACAAGGGAAUCAGCCUCGAGAGCCUAGGCAAAGAAGCAGGGCCGGGUUUUAGCAAAACAGUAUCUGCUGCUGGUACCACCAUCGAGAGCAAAUACCCUAACGUUGUUGAGGCAAGGAUUCAAGGCACGAAGCCGCAUUUUUCGAGCAAAGAUAGGAGCGAAGACAAGGAGGUCGUUACAAUUGGAUAUCAUACAGAGAAGUUGGAACAAGAUAUUUAUCGAUUCAUGCACACGAUGACGGCACCUGGAACGAAUUUCUUUCGCGUGCAGGCCGAUCUGCUUCCGCAUCUUCACCAAAGGAAGAUUCUCAGGCAAAUACCAAGUCUCCGUCAAAGUGAGUAAGCCGGACACUUGGUCCUAGGAGUCCAUUCUGAGAGAUCGUAUGCUUUGAGAGUUUUUAUUCAGCACAAUGAAAGCAAUACGUACACGAAGUAGAAUAAAGAGCAGAAAAAGGAUACAAGUCCAUGCCACAGAUGAAGCGGAUAAUUUAGCAAUUACAAUAAGGGAUAUCUCAUCAUUGUACCUUCAUCCAUUUAUCAAU